AUGACAACCUUCAUUCCUGCCUUGACCUUGCCCCACCAGGUCUUCGAGAACGCCGCCGCCUCGAUCCUGCUCCCCAUAGCUUUGGGAACCGCCGUCGGCUAUUCUACGCGACCCAAAGCCACGCAAAAGACCUAUGGCGCGAUCAAGAACCCGCCCUACCGCCCUCCCCCAUGGGUUUUUGGUCCGGCUUGGACCCUCCUCUAUGGUCUGAUGGGCUACGCUGCCCACCGUGCCACCCACACCGGCCUAUCCCCGUUCUCCUCCAUCGAGCACAUCAAGAUGACCAAGCAGGGCGCGACCCUCUACACCAUCCAGCUGGGUCUCAAUCUUAUUUGGAUGCCCCUUUUCUUCGGUCUCAAGCGCCCUAUCGAGGCCACCGUUGACAUCGCUGCUCUCCUCUGUGUCAACACCUACCUGACCUACCUCUGGGGCUCCGUCGAUGCCGUCGCCGGCGCCUGCCUCGUUCCCUACCUCGGCUGGCUCUCCUUCGCGACCUACCUGUGCGCGGGGGCGGGGUACCUGAACGACUGGGACAUCAAGGGUGCUGAGGAGCGCGCUGCCGCCGCCGCGGACAAGAAACAGUAG